UUGAAAUGUAAAUAAUAGCAGGUGCGGGCGAAAUGAUGCAUGCUUUGUCCCGAGACGGAGGUAUUCAACGUCUCUACAUAGAAAAAAACACCGACUCUAUAGUAAUCUAUUAUGUUUCAUGGCCUACGCAUUGCAUAUUGACGAUAUCAGAUGUCCAGUCACGUUAUGUCAAAUUAUCGUUAAUAAAUCCAUUCGGUUACGUUUAUAAAGGUCUAUUAUAAAGUGUGUUUAUGUCAAAGUGGUGCCGUGUGUGUCAGUACACAUAGAUUAAGUGAACUAAUCUGGAUUAAAAUCAGCACAGCCUGCCGAUAACGGCCGCACUGUCCUCAUGUGGCAAUAGAAAAUAAAACACAGUGAAAGUAGAUGUAGAUAUCUAGGUGUGUUUUAAUUAAAUUACAAAAUGCAAAAGUGAACAAUCUUGGAAAAAUAAAUCAGAAACUUGCCAAUUUUUAAAUAUUAAAUUAACAACACCCACUUGCUGUAAAAUUGUGAUGCCAUAGGAGUUACACUUAUUUAAUCUACCACACAGAAGCAUUUGUUAUGUCUGGAACCAUAUUUUACUGUGUGGGCUGUAACAGAGAGAUGAAAAAUACCUCUUGAUUUUUCUGUAGAACUUUAAUCUACAGAGACCUUCACUGCCCUGUUCUUUCUGAGGGAAACUCCAAAAGUCAGUUUGAAGAGGAAUAAGAGGGUCUGCAUGCCUAAGAGAAACAGAGAGACAACUUUCUUUCAGGACCAAACCUAAACUGGAAAUACAUCUUUUGGUGACCUGGAGAUAGGCCUUGAAAGCAUGCAGGGGUUCGAGGUUGGUAACAGGAUGCGCUACAGGCUGACUCUGGCCUCGGGGAUGCUGGAGUGUCUGUGUUUUGCCGGUGUAGUGUUUGGAUUUGCCUCUCUGGUGUUUGUGCUGAAGGAAGAUGGCUACUUCAGUCAUCUUUGUGUUAACAUCCCAGGUACCAAUGGUACCAAGACCACUACAGACUGCACUAGGCAGGAUGAGCAGUUCUCUCUGGUCUUCACCGUCGCCUCAUUCCUCAACAACUUCCUGACUCUAGUCAAUGGCUACCUCUUUGAUCGAUUUGGCACCAUGGUAACCAGGCUGCUGGCAAUAUCUUUAUACACGACUGGGACAGUUCUUGUUGCCUUCUCCAGUGCAGCAUAUUCAGAGCUGCUUUAUCCUGCCCUUUCGUGUAUUGCUGUGGGGGGAAUUUUACUCCUUCUAACCAACAUGCAGGUGGGGAACUUGUUCUCUGCUCAUCGCUCCACCAUCAUCACCCUGUACAAUGGAGCCUUUGACUCUUCUUCUGCUGUUUUUCUGAUCAUCAAGGUUCUGCAUGGACAGGGAAUCUCUCUGCGCUCCUCCCUCCUUGUUUUGUCCUCCUGCAGCGUCAUACACCUGCUGAGGACCUUCCUGCUGAUGCCCAAAAACCACAUCCCCUACCCUCUGCCGCAACACUUCACCUACGGAUUGAAUUGCAGGAAGGCCAACACUUACAAUCUACAGCAGUUUGAUAGGACGAAAGACGGUGGCGUGACAGCUUCACAGGAGUCUCCAGCAGAACCUGAGGACGAAGCAGAGGACCAAGACUCAGAUAAUGUGGCGAGUUUCAGGAGCUGUGUUUUGUCCUGGUUCUUCCUGUGGCACUUGUUGUGGUUGUCCAUAAUGCAGCUGAGGCACUACCUCUUCAUCGGCACGCUCAACCCCAUGCUCAACCGGCUGGCCGGGAAUGACCCUGACCUGGUGAGUCAUUACACCAAUGCGUUUGCCAUUACCCAGCUGUUUGGAGUGCUGUGUGCUCCCUGGAACGGACUCCUCAUGGACAGACACAAGGUAAAGCCUCUGGCUCCCGGAGAAACGGCGCUGGAGGCCGACCUGCGCUCCUCCUCUCUGUCUCUGUUCCUGACCUCCGUGCAAUGUGUGCUCUUCUGUCUGUGCGCCUCCUUUCCUCUCCUCCCCCUGCAGUACAUCACCUUUGUUCUGCAAGUCAUCAAUCGAUCCUUCCUCUACGGCGGAAAUGCAGCGUUUGUUAGCAUAGCUUUUCCAGUGUGUCACUUCGGGAAGCUGUACGGCCUGCUGAUGGCCCUGUCUGCUAUCAUCUCCCUGCUGCAGUACCCCUGUUUCAACCUAGUCAAAGGAGCUCUGCGUGAAGACCCCUUCUUGGUGGACGCUGCCCUCAUUCUCCUCAGUCUGCUGGUGUUCAUACAUCCCCUCUACGUAUUCAUCCACUGCAGGGAAGUAGCACGCCAAAGGAAGGACAACACUCAGAGGGACAAUAACGGCUCUAAAAUGUCCGAAGCCGAGUUCUAGAAAUAGUGUUUGUCUGUCUGUCCAAGUUUUAUACGUUUCCAUAAACAAGAAAGAAGAAUUCUUUCAUUCCCCUUUACAUUUUUACUAGAGAUUACACAUUUUUGUAUAAUUUUUUUCUUAUGGUAUCACACUGAAAUUUCAAAUGUUCUUUAUAAUGCAAAACAUGUUGAUAGUUUAAUAAAACACGUUAGUUAUUGAU